UUUCAGUUGUGCAUUUUACAACUUUUGGUGCUUUAGGUCUUGGUGACAUUCAGGGAUGUGGCUGUGGACUUCACCCAGGAGGAGUGGGGCCUCUUGGACCCUCCGCAGAAGAAGUUGUACAAGGAGGUCAUGCUGGAAAAUGCCCGGAACCUGCUCUCCCUGGGCCUUCCAGUUCCCAGAGAAGAUGUGAUCUCAUAUUUUAAGCAAAGACAAGUCUUACCCUUGAUGCUGCAGGAAGAAGGCCUGAAGAGCUGCUCUCCAGGAGAUAUAGGACUUGAAGUGAAGGAAACUUCAGCACUAAGCUUUUUAUUGGUAGAAAGUCAUGAACCAAGAUUGAUGAGUGAUGGUCCCGGUGACUUCACUUGGAGAAAAACCUGUGUCUCACAUGAGACAAUCUACCCAGUAGAGAAGAAUUAUAUUUGUAAGCAUUGUAGAAAAACUUUUACAUGGAAGGCUCAUCUUCUUGCACAUAAGAAAGUCCACACUGAAGGAAAACCUUAUAAAUGUAAUCAGUGUAAAAAGACCUUCAAAUCCAGUAUAGAAUUUAUGGAACAUAAGGGAAUUCACACUCAAGGGAAAUCUUAUAAAAGUAACCAAUGUGGAAAGGCUUUUACCAGGAAGGUUAGUUUUACUGAACAUCAGAGAAUUCACAGCGGAAAGAAAUCUUAUGAAUGUAAUUACUGUGGAAAGGCUUUUACAGACAAGAGUAAUCGUCGUCGACAUGAGAAAAUACACACUGGAAAGAAAUCUUAUUCAUGCAACCAGUGUGGAAAGGCAUUUAGAGAAAAAGGCUCACUUAACUCACAUAAGAUAAUUCACACUGGAAAGAAACCUUAUAAAUGUAACCAGUGUGGAAAGGCUUUUACUGGAAAGGUUAGUUUUACGGAACAUCAGAGAAUUCACAGUGGAGAGAAAUCCUAUGAAUGUAACCAGUGUGGAAUGACUUUUACCAGGAAAGUUAGUUUUACUGAACAUCAGAGAAUUCACAAUGGAGAAAACACUUAUGAAUGUAAUCAAUGUGGAAUGACUUUUACACUCAAGAGUAAUCUUCGUCGACAUCAGAGUAUCCACUCUGGAAAGAAACCUUAUUCAUGCAACCAGUGUGGAAAGGCAUUUAGAGAAAAAGGCUCACUUAAUCUACAUAAGAGAAUUCACACUGGUGAGAAACCUCAUGAAUGUAAGCUGUGUGGAAAGGCUUUUACAGAGAGAGGAAGUCUUACUCGACAUCAGAGAAUCCACACUGGAGAAAAACCUUUUGAAUGUAAUCAGUGUGGAAAGGCUUUUACAGAAAGGGGAUCCCUAACGGUACAUCAGAGAAUCCAUACUGGAGAGAAACCUUAUGAAUGUAACCAGUGUGGAAAGGCCUUUACGAAAAAGGGAGGUGUUACUCGACAUCAGAGAAUCCACACUGGAGAGAGCCCUUAUCAAUGCAAUCAGUGUGACAAGGCUUUUAGGAAAAAGGAAAGUCUUAUUGUACAUCUGAAAAAACACACUGGUGAGAAACCUUAUGAAUGUAACCAAUGUGGAAAGGCUUAUACAUGGAGGGAAAGUUUUAUUGCACAUCAGAAAAUUCACACUCAAAAGCAACCUUAACAAUGGAAUCAUUGCCUUCAGGCCAGAGUCUGUCCUUCUUUCCCAUCAGAGAGUUCAUGUGAGAUAGAGGAAUCUUAUAACUGACCUGAAUGAGGAAGUCCAUUGAAAUAGAGUACAGAGCUUUUUAGCAGAAAACCACUCUGGGGAUAAGCCUUCUGUGAACUCAGUGUGAGAAGGCUUUCUGCAAAAGAUCAUCUAGUACGCUCUCAGCAGAGCAUUUAGAAUGAAAAGAAACCUUAAAAUGUGCUCAGUGAGGACAUGCCUUUCUCUGGAACAUGGAGUUAACUGGUGAAGGUUAAAUUUGGGUGACAUUAAAGCUCACAGAAUGAUGAAAUAAAGAAAAUAAUUCCUGCCAAACCUCCAGAUUGCAAAACAAAAAGAGAAAGAAUUUGCUCAAUUGCAGAACUGAAUGAAAAAAUAGCUUCAUGAUUGCAGAACUAUGUCUUCAAAAUGAGAAAAAGAACUCAUGUCAAUAUUAUGUGAACAAUAUUUGGUGAAGGGAAGAAAUCAGAUUUGUUUCAUCAAGGGCAAAAAAUGGGGCCAAUUUAGGAGAAUUUUGUGUUCUACAUGAAUUCAACCAACAUCCACAUCAAUGUCUGAGGCAAUCAAUGAACUUUUUAGACAGGUUCUAGCUCCUAUUGUUUGUGACCCAGACAGAGGCUCUGUUCUUUCUAUCUUAAAAACUUCCUGUUCUGCCAGCUUGGAAGGGAAAUCCAAACUAAAUUUCAAAUGAUGGGUAUCUGUUUUGUUUGUCACAUGCACUCUACAGAUCCAGAAUGGCCUAGGAACUUAUAACAGCCCACUCAUCAGAGUAAUGGUUUCCCAUUCAAAGAUCAGUAUUUUAGAUAUUAGGGAGUAAUUCAAGAAGCAUUAAGGAAAAUCUUAUUCUUUCAUAAAGCUGCUUUGCCAGGAAAGUUGAGCAUUGAUAGGAAGAAAGGUUUCUAAUCAAAUUCACUUGGGUGCUAAUGAAGACCAAAGCCAAUCUCUUGUCUCCUUGUCACUUGAAGGGGCUUCUUUAUACUCAUACCUGCACAGACAUCUCUUGUUAGGAAGGCAGGUCAUGAUCGGGACACUGUUCACAUCAGGCUGAAAUCUGCCUCUUUUCCCCUCAUCACUCCUCAGGAUUCCCUCUGGGGCCAAGUGGAAAAGUGGGAUUCAUCUUUAACACAACCUUUCAGAUAUUUAUACUAUUUCAUGUUACCCACCAAGUUUUCUCUUUGGAAUAAGUAGCCUCAGUUCUUUCAACUGUUCCUCAUUUGGCACAGAACCUUCUCUAUUCCAUGAUAUUCACAGCUCUCCUUGGGAUGUCUUCCAACUUGUCAGUGUCUCUUGUGGAUUAUCUCCCAUGGUAGCUCCAUAGAAAUAGAUGCCUUAUUUGUCCAUAUUUAUUGUGUGUUGUCUCUCCCUUUCAUCUGGGAUUAUCUUUUACCAUUCUUUCUAUCAUAUGUAGAGUACUGAAACUCUGAGAAUGCAGAGCACUUGAGGCUAAUUACCUAUGCAAUGUGAGACAGUGGCUCUAUAAGCAUAUAUUUAGGUGAUGGCUCUCCUCAUCAUUGGUGCUUGCUGAAUAUUUGAUGGCGAGAUAAUUAUAGGCAAGGGUUGGAAGGCGGGGGGAGAAAAGUCAGUCACUUGGUAGCAAGCCGAGGAGGAGGGAGGCUAGAGAAUCCAGACUCCAGAAUCCAGGAUACAUCUUUGGCAAGCUGCGUGGUAGCUUGCCUGCCUCCUUCAUUUCUCCCACUAAACACCAAGGACUUUGAUUUAUCCUGAUUCUGACUGAUCCUGAGGCCCUCCAGGGAGCUAGUCCAAACAAUAUGCCAGUGCUUAGCUGAGCAUCUGGAACGUAGUAGGUGCUUAAUAUAUGCUUAAAAUGACUCAAACUUGUCUGGUCAUGGCAGGCAAGGUACAAGACGAUUAUCAACUCUGUUUACAAAGAGGGACAAUCAUGCAUUUAUCACUCCUUUCCUGUCCCAAUUUGACUUGUCUGCACAAUGGCUGUUGGGUAUGAGAGCAGAGUAAAUACUUCAUUAUCUUUGGAGAAAAGGAAAGUAAGAUGUCCUAAAUUAGACCCAUAUUUACCUACUAUUGUCAUUUUUGCAGGCUAAAAAUCUUUUUGGUUCUUGCUCUCUUCUUUGAAAGUAAAGGUAUCGGAACAAAGAGGAAAGGGGAAUUCUAGUUGGAGAACACUGGGAGGAGGUGUGGUGCUGAUGCCUUCCAAACUCCAAAUUCUAGCUAGAAGUAUUAGAGGGGGACAAGGAAGGAGAAAUAAACAAAAAAAUGACAAGGGAUUGCAGAUGGCUUCUUGGCCAUAUUGGAUCCUUGUUUUCCAACUGGUCAGCUACUUGAAAGGCAGCAUGGUGGAAAGGAAAGAGCAUUUGAUUUGUAGUCAGAGGCAUGGGUUGAAAUUCUGGCUUUUUACCUCUAUAGCCUCAAUGAAGAAAUUUAAUUGGGUCUUAGUUCCCUCAUCUGAAAAAUAGGAUAUUAGGCCAAGUGAUCUCCAAGAUCUCUUCCAGCUCUAAAUCUUUUCAUUUUACACACCUGAGAAGCCAAAGAAAGGGGAACUUAAAGAUGAACCCUACCCCUCAUUGCCACAUAUUGUUAGGUAAUCAGCCUCAACUUGGGCUGAUGACCCAGAAGACUUCACUAAAUCUGAGUACGAUUGGUAAUCUGGAGAGGCAGCAAGAUGUAGGUACUUUUAAACCUAGUCUUCGUUGAGUUAGAAGACUUGCAUGUCAUUCGUAAGUGGACAGUUCUCUCUGUGCAUCUAGUGAAAUAAUUUUUUUGCCAUAUUUGUUCAUGCAGAAAAUAGGUUACAAAAUGCUUUUAAGAACGAAAAAUUUGCUCUGAGGUUACAUCUUACAUCCAUCACGUUAGCAGAGAUAAGAAAAGAUAGAGUUAAUGUUAAGGGGCUGUAGAUUUAGUCACAGUAGUACAAUGUAUGUACUUGUGAAUUGGUCCAAGUAUUCUGGGAAGUCAUUGGGAAUUAUAUAAUAAAAAGUGAUCACAUGUCCAUACUAUAUGACACAGAGUCCCCACUGCAAGACAUCAACUCUAAGCAAGUCACAGAGAAAAUUUUUUGCUAUAUUCAAAUAUUCAUUGCAGUAUUUGUUGGUUUAGUAGCAAAAAAAAAAAAAAAAAAAAAAAAAAUGAAG